AGAGAAGAGGCUCGGUCAGGGUGAGGGCUGAGGAGAUAGAGCGCCUCCCGGGCCCCGCCCGGCACUGCUUGGCGUGGGGCGGUGGGAUCCUUCCCACCCGAGAGCUCAGAGAGGGGGCGUCGGGCCAGCUUCACGCCUGCCCCCGCAUUUGAAGGACGCAGAGCUGGGGUGGGGGGCGCACACGGAUUUGUCCUCCGCCUCGCUCAAGGGGGCGACCUGGGCUGCAGUUAGGUUGUCGCCUGCAGGAGGUGUGCUGUUGAGGGAGAGGAAAACCGUCCGAGGAGAGGUGAUGCGGGGGCGGUGAUGGCUGUUUGUAUCUUUUCUGUUAAAGGGCUAGGGAAUGCUGCUUUCUUCUACUCCCUCUCCCUCCCCCACCUUAGCAAUAGGAGACGGGAGAGAAGCCUUGCUGUGGUUACACCCCCUCCCCCAUCAUAGGGCAGGGGUGCGUAGAGGGGUUGGGGGUUAGCCAACAGGGCAGGCUGCUGGGGCACCACAUGGGCGCUAUUGUGGUAGAGGUUGCGCUUUCGAGUCUAGGGAACCGCAGGUUGGGAAGAGGGCAGCAAGUGGGGAGAGGGUGGAGAGGAGGCAGGAGAAGGGGGAGGGGGAUCUGAUCUUCCUGGGAGAAGAGAGGUGGGGCCUUCCUCCCCAGGCGGAGCGGGGGCGGUCUCACAGGAGGAGGGAGCAUCUUGUCACUGGCCCUCAGUUUGUGUCUUCCAAUCCGCUUUCUUUCUUUAGGAAGUACCAGGAUUCCCGGAACAGAAAAUGGAGCCAUUGCUUACGCGAAUCGUUUGAGGGAAGGGGCGGGAGUUGGGGAGGUGGAGUUCCCUGUUAAAACGGGCCACUUGAUUAGCAAAGUGGUAGCUGUUAUUUUGGGGGAAUUCCCGUCUUGAUUGCAUUAAGGCGGGUCUCCAUCUUUCCAGGCCAGGAGGAAUGUGGUGGUGGAGGUGGAGGAUUGUGGUAUGUGGUCAGGAGUGAAAAGAAAUAGUAAGGCCGUCCCGGUGAGGGAGAAAUGUAAUCUAAAACCUGUCUCUGCUGUUGUUGGAUUGGGUCACCCCUGGUCUAUGGCAUGAAAGUUUUAUUGGGAGGAGAUCUGCUGCAAGAGUCUGAUUGCUUGGGUCAGUGCAACAGGACAGAAUCUAGUCGCUGCAUACCUCCUUCCCUGUCCUCAAUCAGGAUCAAGUCUUCCAUACCAGGGACCAGGCCAAAACCAGACUGCCACUGCCCCUACUUGGGCCCCACUGUCCCCAGAAAGCAGCUGCUGUGAUCAUGGGCAAUAUCUUUGGAAACCUUCUCAAGAGCCUGAUUGGGAAGAAGGAGAUGCGCAUCCUGAUGGUGGGCCUGGAUGCCGCAGGAAAGACCACCAUCCUAUACAAGCUGAAACUGGGGGAGAUCGUCACCACCAUCCCUACCAUUGGGUUCAAUGUGGAGACAGUGGAGUAUAAGAACAUCAGCUUUACAGUGUGGGAUGUGGGUGGCCAGGACAAGAUUCGACCCCUCUGGAGACACUACUUCCAGAACACCCAAGGGUUGAUAUUUGUGGUCGACAGCAAUGAUCGGGAGCGAGUAAAUGAGGCCCGGGAAGAGCUGAUGAGAAUGCUGGCGGAGGACGAGCUCCGGGAUGCUGUACUCCUUGUCUUUGCAAACAAACAGGAUCUGCCUAAUGCUAUGAACGCUGCUGAGAUCACAGACAAGCUGGGCCUGCAUUCCCUUCGUCACCGUAACUGGUACAUUCAGGCCACCUGUGCCACCAGCGGGGACGGGCUGUACGAAGGCCUGGACUGGCUGGCCAAUCAGCUCAAAAACAAGAAGUGAGAGCCAGACAGCCCUAACCAAGCACCCCACCCACCCCUGACAUACCUACUGUCACCCUGCCCCAGUCCUACCCCUUCCUCUCCAUUGCAAGUGUGGCCAGGGCCCUGGGUAUCAUGUCCGCAUGCCCAGCAAGAGCCUUGCCUCCCCUUCCUCCCCUCCUUUUUCCUGUCCACCUAUAUGACCAAUCCCUAAUUGCUGUCCUGAUGAUGAGUCAUUCCAAUUUACUGGAUUUAAAACAAAAACAAAGUUGUUACGGUUUCAUGGGGUGGCCCCUCUCUCUCUCACCCUCUGGGUUUCGGGAGGUCGAGUGGGGUAUUCUCUUUGUUUGGCAGUGGUUGCUGUCCUCUUGGCAUCUGAGUCCUUUCCCUGUCCCCACAAGCCCUUCUACUCCCUGUUUGCCUUUCCUUUGCCACCCUCUCCCUGUUCUACAUGGAAAUUGCACGGGCCUCUCUGUGUUUGCGUGCAUGUGUGCGCCUGUAUAUACAUGUAUAGAGAGAUAUAUUUGUGGGGGCCGGGGGGAGCGGGGAGGGGGUGGAGUGAAGCUCAGGGCUUGCAGCCAGGACACUGCCCACUGGAGCCUGUCAUCUGCCCCUUCCGUGUUGGUGAGAUUAAGGGAAGAAGGUGGGAGGGCAUUAGUCAAGCCGGACUGCCCCAGUCUUUGACUGGUUACCCUCCUCUCUGCAGGUAGGUUUUUCUGGAUGAUAGGACAGAUGAUUGAUUCUCCACCACCAUUUUCCUUGUACUCUUCUCUCCACCCUUCUUAGGGCUGGAGGAUGGCAUUUAUCUCUAGAUGACUGUUCCCAAGGAGAUGCCACUCUGCUCUGCCUUACUGUUGGGAAGGAGAGAGGAACCCACUCACUCUUAUCAGCUUAGAGUGUUCAACUGAUCCUUCCCCACCAUCUUCAGAUCUGUUCCUCUGGAGCUUGACUGGGGGGUGGGGAUGGCAAGUCCAUGGUGUGUGUUAGGGACCCAGGGCAUUGGGGGAAGGGAGGCGAAGGCCUGAGGUUUUCCAUCUUCAUUCUCUUUUGUUAUUAGGAGAAGGUGAGGCAUGGGCCAAUCCCAUUCCUGCCUUCCAGUGUCCCACCACCCUUCUGAUCUUAGGGGUUGGAUGGGUCAUCUGUCCUUGGUCAGAAUUUUCUCACCCUAGUACUCCUACUGGCCUGACCAGGGCUGACUGGGUAUUCUAAUGGGGAGCUGGGAAGUGGGGUGACAUAGCUGACCUUAGUAUCAACCCCCCUCUUCUCCAACUCUUGUUUUCUAGUCCAGGAUAUGCUAAAGGACGAAGAUUUUCUAUUGUUUCCAGGCCCUCAGACCAUCCUUGCUGUCCCUUCACCCUCCAUGCCCCUGCCAUCCUCACUCACUUCUCAUAAAUGGAUCUGGGGGUUAGAGUGGAGGAAAUAAAAUCCUGAAGUGGUUGUCAGUCAGUGCUUGUGGGAUGCAGUGGUCUUCAGGAUUCUCCCCGCAUUAUUAUGUAGUUGUUCAGAAGCUGUUGCUACUGCGUCUCUCUGUCUGCAGGGGGCACUUGUUCCUGAGGUCCUCGCCUGGGUCCUACUUCUGUAGUUUCUGUGAAGACGUGGCUGUCCUGUGGGCUCCUGUGUGUGCUGGCUGCGCCCUGAGCUCCGAGACAGCCGCCCAUAACCUGCUAAGGUCAGGGCCCAGGGCCCCCCACAGCAUGGCUGAGGGACCCCUUCCCAGUAGGGCUGUCCCAAGCCCCACUCCAUGGGGCCAGGUUUCCUGGCCACUUUUGUUGAUAGCAGGUGGAUCAAUAUUAGUAACCCCAUCCAAGAUUGAACUGUGAAAGAGAGGUUCCAGGGGUAUCUCCCUCAGUGCCAGUUACUUAGUGAUGUGUUACCCGGGAUGCAGCAGGUGUGUGCAGGUAUCUUGCUCUCUAGGCCUGUGUGUGUGUGUGAGUGUCUGUGUAUAUGGGUGUGGGUGUGUUUGUGUGUGGUGGUUGUGUGGGGGGGUGUUGGAGGUUCUAUUUCAUUUAAAAAUGUAUUCAUUUCCCUGGCCCCACAGAUGCUUCCCUCCAUACUUUUUAUUUGCUCUGUUUCCUCAGAUUUAUUUUGUCUUGCCCCAUUGCCUCUCCUUCCUUGAACUCUUUCCUUUUCAAUCUCAACUCAUUCACUGCUGUUGCUCAUUUGCCCUUUUCCAUGUAUUUUUUCCUACUUAGGAUUUUCCACUCUAUCUUUGUGGUUCAUGAGGACUUUGCCUCUUCUCCUGCCUCAUUCCCUGACUUUCUCUAGUUAGAUGUCAGUCCUAAAUAGGUUUUCCUCACUUCAGGCCUCACCCCUCACCUUGUUUUUUUGGGGGCUCCAGGGACCAAUCUGGGGCUGGAAAUGUUAGGAGGUUGCCUUGGUGCUGCCCCAGAUCUGUCCAGCAGGGGGCAGUAAGUGAUCUUGGUAGUAUCCCUGGCUGCUAAGCCCUUGGCAGGGGUGGUCCUUUCUACAUUCCCAUUCACUUAACAGCUCUUUUGGGAUUGGGUGUUUCAUUCCAUUUCUGCCCACUCCCUCUCCUCUCCUCUCUGGUAGGUUUAAUUUUAUGCUUUCCCUGAUUCCAGCUUUCUGCUUCCUGAGGACUCCCGCUCCCCCGACCCCAAAGUUUGUCUGUGGUGUUAUAGUGGUAACUGCAGUUCCUCCUCUGGAAUGUAGACUGUAUAUGUUUAAUAACUCACCUUCUCUAUCCUUGCUCAAAAUGUGGGAUAACGCGAUGACUGUGACCCUGGUUGGAAAUUAAACUUGUUUUAUGCA